AGGUACUGUUCAAUAUUCAUCUCAACUAACAGGAUUCACUGAUUUGAGAGGGAGAGAUCGGCCAACUGCGCCGUGACAACGAACAAGGGUUGACUGGAGGAUGGCCAACUUCAAGGGACAUGCCCUUCCUGGCAGCUGCUUUCUGCUGUUAGGCCUGUGUUGGUCAGUGAUGUACCCUCUCCGACACUGCUGGAGGAGGCAUCAGCCUAAAGGAAGACAAAAACUGCCCCUGUUCUUUAACAGAAUAGACUUAAUCGAGGGGGCACUCAUGGUUUUCUUUGCCUUUGUGGGCAUCAUGGCAGAGCAGUUUGUGCCUGAUGGGCCCCAUGCCCACCUGUACAACAGAGAGACCCAGUCCUGGGUGAAGCUGAUGAACUGGCAGCACAGCACUAUGUACCUCUUCUUCAGUAUCGCUGGAGUUGUUAAAGUCCUCACUAUGUCAUCGCUUCCAGUCCCACUUGGUCUUGACCGCCUUGCUCUCUCCCUGGCUUUUUUUAUUGAAGGGCUCCUGUUUUACUUCCAUGUGCACAUGCGCCCUCCUCUGGAUACCCACAUCCACUCCAUGCUGUUUGUGCCGGUGUUUGGUGGGGCGGCCAUCACCCUGUUGGAGGUGUUCAUGCGAGAUAACAUCGUACUGGAACUGCUCAGGACCAGCAUGACCAUCCUGCAAGGCUCCUGGUUCUUUCAGAUUGGAUUCGUGCUGUACCCAUUAAACGGAGUACAGUGGGAUCUGCAGGCACACGAUAACACCAUGUUCAUCACCAUGUGCUUCUGCUGGCAUUUAGCUGUGGCCCUGCUCAUCGUUGGUAUCAACUACUGGAUGGGCUGGUGCUGUGUACAAAGAUGUUCAGGAAGAGGAAGUGACAUAGAGAUCAUGAUGAGAAAGACAUCUAGCUCCCAGAAGGCUCUGCUACAGGAGUCAGAUGAAGAGUAGACAGAUGCAUUAUGAAGUGUGUAGAUCACUGUUAUGGGAUUCUUCACAAUUGUUUGUCUGAAAUUUGAUUAACUGGUUUCUCUUGUUUCAAAUCAAAUCAAAUUGUAUUAGUCACAUGCAACGAAUACAACAGGUGUAGUAGACCUUACAGUGAAAUGCUUACUUACGAGCCCCUAACCAACAAUGCAGUUUAAAUAAAAAAAAUAAAAAAAUCUGAAUAAAAAAUAAAAGUUAAGUAAAAAAAGAGCAGCAAUAAAAUAACAAUAGCAAGACUAUAUACAGGGGCGUACCAGUAGAGUCAAUGUGCGGGGGCACCGGUUAGUCGAGGUUUGUAACCCUACUACUGUGUAUGUGUAU